AUGACUUCGUAUCUUAGCUGGAAAUUUGACCACCGGAAAUUCGGUUCCCAGCCCACAUUUCUUUCCACUACUCCCCACUUCUUGAGUAUUAUUCUAGAUGACACUUCUAGAGUCAUUAAACUGGGGAUUCCGGAGGACUUUGUGUCUAAAUAUGGAAAAGAUCUGUCAAAUUCAGUAACUUUUAGGCUUCCAUAUGGUUCAGAAUGGGAAGUAGGAUUGACAAGGUACAAUGGUGAGGUUUGGUUUGACAAGGGUUGGCCAGACUUCUCGAACUUUUACUCUCUUGGCUACAACGACCUGCUGGUUUUCGGAUAUGAAGGGAAGUCUAGAUUUCAGGUUUCCAUAUUUGAUAAAAGCACAAUUGAGAUCGAGUAUCCCGUUAAAGUGCCUAACAUUGAAGAAAGUGAUGAACAUGAUGAUUCCUCUGUUGAAAUCUUGGAGGAUUUUCCACUGUAUCUAAGAAAAGCAAGAGAGACAUCUCGACUACCAAGUUCUCUGCCUCGCGUGAAAGACAGAACAAUUUCAAGUGGCACUGCAAAAAUCAAUCUCGGUUUUGAGAAGUCUAUGAAAAAGAAAGAGACACAUGGGUCCAAAUCAGGAAGAAAAAGGAAAGACCAUUUCCCAUGGUUGCCUUCUGAGUUUGUCCAGACACAUCUUAUGAAGCAGCCAGGUAGUGUUAUCCUUUGUGUUCCAGGUGGGAGUAAAACUUGGACAGUUGCAUUGAAUUAUCAACAGAAAGCAAGAAGAGUCAGCUUCAACACUGGUUGGAUUGAAUUUCUGAGAGACAAUAACUUGAAAGUUUGGGAUGUUUGUGUAUUCAUGUUGAUUGAUGAAAUUAGACUUCUAUUUGACGUUGUCACAGAAGCUGCAAAUUGCACCAUGUCAUCAGCAACUAACAUUGACCUUCACUUCCUUCCAUUUCGACGUGACACUGAUGAUGAGGAGGAUAAUGAGGAUAAUGUGACUGAACUUGAUGAUGCUUAUGACGAUGAAGAUGCAGAUGAUGAUUCCAUUGAAAUAUUGAACCAUUUUCCAUCAUUCACAAAAGGAAAGGAGAAAUUUGCAUUACCGUCUCAGCUUCAUAAAAGAAGGAGAACAACUUCUAGUACUAAAGCAGAAAGCACCAUGAAACAUGUAGGCGGCUGCUCCAAAACUCAAAAAUUCCUAAAGCAAAGGCCUGAGGUCUUCAAAAGGAUUCAUCCAGUUAUGGCAAGUAUCGGAAGAGAUUUAGCUUUUCAGAGAGCUACUGCUUUCAAACCUCCUCACCCUCACUUUGCAGUUUCAAUAAAACCCUCAUAUAUCCGUGGAAACUAUCUGUGGCUGCCAACUGUGUUUGUUCAUGGACAUCUUAUUAAGUGGCCUAGUGAUGCCAUCCUUAAGGUUUCAGAUGGAGCAAGAUGGCCUGUUUGCUUUCAUUACAACAAAGCAAGAGCCACACUGCAAGGUGGUUUCGCUAAAUUUGUGCGAGGCAACAAUUUGAAAGCCGGUGAUGCUUGUGUGUUUGUAUUGACCAACAACAUCAAAUUCUUAUUUGAUGUUUUCAUUUUCCGCACCACAUAG